AUGUAUUGCGGUGGCGACGAUCUGAAUGCGGUGGUGUGCGAUGUCGGGUGCCUGCGGUCGCGGAUGGGAUACGCCGGCGAAGACGACGCGCGGUACAUCAGCACACCCUCUAGCGAUAUGAACGGAAUUAUGACCGCUGAGGGCACGGUGGCCUCCUUCGAUGCGCUGGAAGUGUCGUUGGACGAAGGGUUUGCACGGUUGGGAGUGGAAUCGACGCGGCAACAUCCGAUCAUGUGGAGCGAGAGCAGCUUCCAAACGUUGCUGGAUCAACAACAGUCGUCGAGCAAGAGUAGCAGCGACCGGGAAGCGAUCGCAGAGCUGUUCUUUGAGAAGUACGACGCGCCGGCGUACUUUGUGUCCAAGUCGGCCGUGUUGACCUGCUUUGCCAACGGCCGCAGCACGGGGAUGGUCGUGGAGAUGGGGCAUGGCAGCGCAGCGGUGGUUCCAGUCACGGACGGAUAUGUCGUGGGCCAGCACGCCGUUCGACACGUGUCCGUGGGCGGCCACGCCCUCGAUACGUUCCUCCGCGAUCGUGUGCUGGACAAACUGGAACGAGGGCGCCAUCAGUCCCUCUCUCCCAUCGACACGUCGACCUCGUCCGUUCCAAAAUCCACCGCUACGUCAUCGUCGUCCUUGCUGUCCUGGUCGAUUAUCCGCGACCUCAAGGAAAGCAUCUGCCGGACCGCGGAAUCCCAUUUCGACGAAACCACCAACGCCAAUAUCCCUCAAAUGCCGUACGAACUCCCCGACGGCACGCAAAUCUCCAUCGGGGUCGAGCGGUUCUCUGUAGCCGAACACUUGUUCCACCACCCCGACCCAUCGCCACCAACGUCUCCACCCCACCAAGGCGGCGGCAUCGGCGGCAUAUACCUUCCAGGCCUCGUCGUCGACGCCGCCUCGCGGGGAGAUGCCGACUCGAAGAAGGAAUUCCUGCAAAACAUCGUGCUCGGGGGCGGCUCGUCAUGCUUUGAGUCGUUCCCGACGCGCCUCGAGCGAGAGAUCUUGGCGAUGCUGCCCAGCGCCAAGCUCAAACUCCUCGCGCCGCCGCCCAACGAGCGCACCCUCAGUGCCUUCCUCGGCGGAUCCAUUCUCGCCUCCCUAGGCUCGUUCCAUGAGAUGUGGAUAUCCAAGACUGAAUAUGCCGAGCACGGCGCCCACCUCGUCCAAAAAAAGUGCCCGUAGUCGCAAUAUAUAUAUAUAUAUUGGUGCCCCCGCAAAUGAGACAUUUCUCGAUUAAUAAUACUACUA